AAGGAUGAUGAAGAAGAAAUGGUGGCCUAAUAUUUGGUGGUCUUUGCCUCUGGAAAAUAUCCAUGAUGUGCCGAUGAAGAAGAAGAGGACUGUCAUGAAGAUAAAGUGCCAUCAUGUCUUUUUUUGGUUGCCUCUCUUCUUUGCCAGCCUUUGUCCAAAACCUGCAUCAUCACAGGGACAUUUCCCACGAAUGGAGAACAUUGCUGCCUUCAAGCCUGUGUCCGUCUCACCGCUUCGCUCCACCUGUGGAGUUCCUGAGCGGAGCAGCUACUGUCAGCCAUCUUCUUCACAAACUGAACUGCUGGCAUGCCAUCAAGCCUUCUGUGUCCAGGAGUGUCCCUACAGAUCCUCCACUCCUCCGUAUGCCCCUCUGCUGUUAGCCGCACACAGGGGAGCCUGUGUAACAGAGGACACCAGUGACAUUCGUCCUUGGACUAAGAAGGAGACUGGAACCACGAGCAGCUCAGAUGGAGUUUCUGGCGGAGGGAGAAGUUUGCUGUUCCGGCCAGGUCAGGAUGGAUGUCUGGUCUCUCCCCCUUCACAGACACUUGGAGCACUGGGAUCCCUUACCUUGGCUUUAUGGAUAAAACCAAACUCUUCUGAGGAAAUGAUGCUGUUGGAGAAGAGUUUGAGGGAGCGGUGUGUGUUCUCUCUGAAAGUAUCCGGGGAGGCUGUUACCUUGCAGUAUGGCCGGUCCAGCAGUCACACUCCCCUGACCGUCAGCUUCAGGACGGAGGGCAGGCUCAGGCUGGGCAGGUGGACGCAUAUUGUUUUACAGAUUCACGACAGACGUGCAAGCCUCUUCCUGGAUGGACUCGAAGCGGACGGGACGCCAUAUGACACCCAACCGCUGGCCGCCAGGCUGUCUGACACCAGUGAAGGUGGUGCUAUGUGGGUGGGACUCAGCGCCAACGGGUCUAAUCAGUUCAUUGGGUGGAUGCAGGACUUUAGAUUUUAUCCAGCCACUUUGACCAACAGAGAGAUAGUGGAGUUGUUCUCUGGGACUCUGCCUGAGCUCCAUGUCCAGUCUGACUGCCGCUGUCCUCCGAGUCACCCAAGAGUCCACCCUUUAGUUGAAAGAUACUGCAUUCCCAACGCUGUGGAGGACACCACCAAUGACCGAGUGUUGAGACUGAACCUGAAUGCCCAUCCGCUCAGUUACAUCAAUGAUCACGACAUGGGCACCACAUGGCUGUCUAAGGUCAUGACCAAACAUGAACUGGAUGAAGGAGUCACCAUUACGGUGGAUCUGGCUAAUGGGCAGUACCAGAUAUUCUACGUCAUAGUUCAGUUUGGUGGCCUCUUGCCCGAGUCUGUUCUGAUCCAGAGGCGGAAGCUUGAUCUGACGGAGCCUGACAGCGGCAGCGCCACAGAACGGCCCUGGAUCGACUGGCAGUAUAUGGCCAGAAACUGCAGCGUGUUUGAAAUGCAAAACAAUGAGCCUUUACAACGACCAGACUCUGUCAACUGUUUGCAGCUGCCCAGUGACGUUCCUUUCUCAGGAGGAAACAUAACGUUCAGCCUGCUGACCACACAGCCAAACCUGAGGCCAGGUUAUAAUGAUUUCUACAACACUCGUGCUCUGCAGCAGAUGGUACAAGCUGCCCAAGUCAGGAUACAUAUAAGUGGGCAAUACCACACCGGAGCAGUGGGGGUGAACCAGCGACACAGAUACUUCACCAUCAGUGAGAUCACCAUCAGUGGCCGGUGUGAGUGUCACGGCCACGCAGAUCACUGUGACACAAGUGUGACACCGUAUCGCUGCCUGUGUCUGCCUGAGAGCCACACACAAGGAAACAAUUGCCAGGAUUGUGAACCUCUCUAUAAUGACAAACCAUUCAAGUCUGGCAAUCAGCUCCAACCCAUGAACUGUCGGCCCUGUCAGUGUCACAGCCACGCCCUCUCCUGCCAUUAUGAUAUUUCAACUGAUGACCAGCCAGAUGAGCACUAUCAGGGAGGAGGAGGGGUCUGUGACAACUGCAUGCACAACACCACAGGCAACAACUGUGAGCUGUGUAAAAGUGGAUUUUUUAGGCUGAAGGACUCUGAUCCAUAUUCGGUUGAUGUGUGUCAACCCUGUGAGUGUGACACCGCUGGAACGAUCAAUGGCAGCAUGGAGUGUGCUCAGAUAGGAGGUCAGUGUCGGUGUAAGGCUGCCGCAACGGGCCGUCGGUGUGCAGAGUGUUUGCCUGGUUGGUUUGGCCUCCAGGCCUUGAAUCCAGCUGGGUGCGUAUCGUGUAACUGCAGUGACGUGGGCACAAUCAUCACUUCGUCAGUGCCCAGCUGUGACCGUCGCACCGGACGGUGCCACUGUAAGCCUCAUGUUGCAGGUCUUUCGUGCGACCGCUGUGAGUUUGGUUUUUGGAACCUCUCGCACAAAGACGGCUGCCUCCCAUGUGACUGUGACCCCCUGGGCUCCAUCAGCCCGUUCUGUGAGCCUGAGGGGGGGCAGUGUGAGUGUCAGCCGGGGGUGGGGGGGCAGCGAUGCGACUCCUGUGGCAGCGGGUUGUACGGUUUGAGGCUGGAGGGAAGCUGUGCGCCCUGCAACUGCUCACAUGAAGGCACCGUCCCCGGGACACACUGUCAUCCAUACACAGGACAGUGUGUGUGCAAGGAACAUGUGGAGGGCCUUCGCUGUGACUCUUGCCGCCGUGGUUAUCACACCCUGGAGCAUCGAAACUCCCUGGGCUGCCUGCCUUGUGUGUGUGACAUCAGUGGAACGGUGCCAGAUGGCGUUUGUGAUAUGUGGACCGGACAGUGCCCAUGCAAACAGGGGGUGGAAGGAGCGCAGUGUUCCAACUGUGCUCCCAACUACCAUAACAGCAGCUCAAGCCUCCAGAAGAGUUUGACACACAGCUGUGUGCCAUGUGUCUGUGACCCCGGCGGAACAGUUGCGGGGUCAGUGUGUGACAGCGCCACUGGGCAGUGCGUCUGCCUCCCAACGCGCUCCGGAAAGGACUGCAGUACCUGCCGUCUUGGCUUUUACCUCUCUCCAGAUCGGCGGAUGUGUUUGGAGUGUGACUGCCAUCCAAUGGGUGCAUCGCAGCGUGGCUGUGAAAGUCAGACUGGACAGUGUGUGUGUGCACAUCCCUCCGUGGGAGGGCGACGCUGUGAUCAGUGUCAAGAGAUGUUCUCUGGUUUCAACCCUGGUUUGGGCGUAUGCCAUCCUUGCUCAUGUGAGCCGAUGGGCAGCGUCAAUGGCUCCUGCCAUCCAGACACAGGGUCAUGUGCGUGUAAGCUGCUGGUGACUGGAAACAAAUGUGAUUCAUGUCAUCCUGGAGCAAGCCAUUUAGAUCCUGAAAACCACUUUGGAUGCAGUAAAGCUCCGUCCCAGCAGCCAGCGCCUGCAGGUGUAGCCAUCAGUUACUCCUCUAUUAAGCUUUCUUGGCAUCCGCCAGACUCUCCAAACUCACACAAACUCAACUAUACACUCGUGAGGGAUGGACAGUCAGUCCACACUAUUCAAAGCCAAUAUCCUUUCAGGCCUGAGUCAUUUGAAGAUAUCGAACUGUUUCCGUUUACAAACUACUCCUACUGGCUCAUAACAGCUAAUGUAGCUGGCACAACGAUAAGUGCAUCAGCUGCAUACCAAACUCUGGGUGCACCGCCUGACGCAGAUCAAGUCCAUUUGAACCUCGUGGGACGACCUGGUCCAACCAGUGCCAUCUUCAACUGGAGCACUCCCCGAAACGACACGGGCCCAGUGGAGAGGUUUGUGUUGUCCUCCACGGUGUCAUCAAGUGGAGCAGCACCCACAAUUCAUUAUGCAGGCUCAUCCACGGAGGCUGUGGCGAGCGGGCUCAAGCCUUUCUCUCAUUACACUGUUAUACUGGAGGCGUGCUCUUCAGGGGGCUGCACGUCAAGCCCGCCACUGUCUCUUCUGACAGCCUCGGCACCACCCAAGAACCAGCCACCUCCCAGAGUCGUUGCAAAAGGCCCUAAUACAUUGCACGUUUCGUGGGAGCCCCCCGGUCAGCCAAAUGGUGUUAUCACAAGACACGAGGUGUUUCUACGUGGACCAGUUGAUUCAUGGAGUCGUUCAAGUCAAGAUCUUGAGAGGAGGGUGUUCUUCAGCUCCGGAGGGUUUGAUCCGAAUGUUUCCAAACCACCAAGGCUCACCAACAGAAACAAGGCAGCGCCUCCUGAUAACAGUACCACUGUGGGGGGUCUGAAGGCCUUUUCAACCUACCAGGUCAGAGUAGUGAGCAUCAAUCCUGCAGGAAGCGUCACAUCGGAUUGGACCACAGCACGCACCAUGGAGGGAGUCCCAGAGUUUGUGGCUCCUCCACAAGUGUCAGCACUGUCGUCCACCAGUCUCAAGGUGACGUGGAGCUCCACUGAGGGGGAAGGCGUGAUCGCCAGAGGACAGGUUACAGAAUACCGUGUGAACAUGCUCACUGAACAGACAAACAAUCCCUACGCUCCUCCGGUUGUAAGUCAGGCGCUACACAGGAUGGGACCAUUGGAACAACCUGUUUAUGUAGCGACUGGAUUGAAACCUUAUCAUGCGUACAACUUCACUGUCACGCUCUGCACAAACACUGGCUGCACCACCAGUUUACCAGGCACAGGACGGACCUUACCAGCAGCACCAACAGGACUGUCUUCACCUCAGUUAUUUCCAAUAAAUGAAUCUACCAUACACAUAGAGUGGCAACCUCCAGAUCAACUCAAUGGGCCACACCCACUGUAUCAGGUGGAGAGGUCGGACGUCUCUCUCUCUCAUCCGCAAGAUCCAGUCGUCAGAGGAACCCGGUUCUCAGGAAACAGUUACUUCCGUUUUCCCAGCGACUCAAUACCCGUCAACACAGACUUCACCGGUGUUAAAUUGAGCUUCAAGACUUGGUCAGCAGAUGGACUGCUCCUCUGUGCCGUCUCACCAGGAAAUCAGGAGGAGUUUCUUGCCAUUCAGAUGAGAAGUGGGAUUCCUUUCUUUCUGUUUGACCCACAGGGCUCAGCGGUGGCUGUGAGCGCACAGGGUGAUGGAGGGCGCCGCUACAAUGAUGGACAGUGGCACAGCAUCACAGCUACAAGGCGAGGAGCCGUGGGAACAAUCGUUGUAGACGAUCAAUACAGAGGAAGUGCUUCGGCAUCCAGUGGCAGCACCAUCAUUGGCGAUAACACGGGCGUGUUCGUUGGUGGACUGCCUGAAGAUUUUACCGUACAGAGAGAGGAUUCAGGAAACACCCAGCUGGUCGAGCACGGCUUCCCCGGUUGCCUCAGAGAUGUGAGUUUCAUGAUGACUGAUGGCCCGUUGGAGGAAUGGCAAUUUCUGGACUGGGCAAAAGCCACGAGCAAAGUGGCGGCGUAUGAGAGCUGGGAGGGAUGUCCUGCUCAAACCGUGGAAGGAGCCCAUUUUCUGGGUCAUGGUUACCUGGAGUUGGCUGCAGGUUUAUUCAGUGGUGGGCAGGACUUUGACAUUUCCAUGGAUUUUAGAACAGACCAGCUCAAUGCGCUUUUGUUAUUUGUAUACAACACACAAACUGAUGACUACAUGCUGGUGGAGCUGGAAGCUGGUCUACUGUCCUUCACUGUCCACUCUGAAGGUCAUGUGACUGAACUCAGCAUGUGGGUGGGGCUUAGCUACUGUGACGGAGACUGGAAACAGUUAUCAUUGGCGAAACGCGGCUCCCUUGUCUCUGCUGCGGUUGACGACUGGGCAGAAGAAGCGAGGGGAGCGGGAGGAGCGGCGAUGCUGAGGGUUGAUUCAUCGUUAUAUUUGGGGGGCGUGCCAGGAGAGCUCGCACAUUCAGCUCUGGACAGCCGGAGCCACAAACAUGGUCUAGGAGGUUGUAUAAAAGGGCUCAUAAUACGAAGAUAUGAAGGAAAAACUCCUGUCAGUCAAAGUGUAAAUCUGUCUGUGGCGUCACGCCGUGCCGUUAGAGUCUACUUGGAUGGCUGUCCCACCAGUGAGAGCCGCUUCAACUGCAGAGGAAAUGAUUCAGUGUUGGUGUACACUGGGAAAAUGAAUCAAGCCACCGACUAUAGUCUCCAGCCUUUCACUGAGUACCUGUACAGGUUUGUCGCCUUGUCAGCAGGAGGGUGGGCCACAGGACCUUGGCAGAGAGGACGCAGUCGAGGCAUCGGGCCCACAUCUGUCUCUCCUCCUACCAGAGUGCAGAGCUUGGAUGGCUUCAGUGCCGUGGUGAGCUGGGUUCCACCCGACACUGACUUCAGAGGCCUGAUUGACAGAUAUGAGCUGAAGGCCUACAAUAUUGAUCGCCCAGAAGCCUCACCUAUCAAAGCUACAUACUUGGCUAAUGGAAAUUUUACAGGUCUACUAUGGGGCCUCACUCCAUCGACUCGCUACGUUGUAACCGUGAGUGUCUGUACUCCUGUUGGCUGCACUGAGAGUCUUCACGAUGACCACAGUGACAAUGAUACUUUGAGAUCGACUCUCACAACCCCGGUGGAAGCUCCGGAUGCCGUUCCUCCUCCUGCUGCAGUCUCAGCACCCACAGCGCUCCACCUUACCUGGGAACCUCCCUCAAGGCCCAAUGGAGACAUUACAGAGUACCUCCUCUAUCACAACAACCAAAUGGUCUACAGAGGGAAAGACAGACAACACAACAUCACUGGUCUGGGUGUUUACAGCACUCAUGUCUUUGUGCUGAGUGCAUGUACUGUCGCGGGCUGCACCAACAGCUCACAAACCACAAUGCUGACCUCUCAGCUUCGUCCUGGACCUCUACAGGCGCCGACUCUUACCCUGCUGGACUCCCGGACCAUUUUUGUAGAGUGGUCACGACCCACUCAGAUAAAUGGCGUUUUGGAGUUCUAUUCCAUCUUCCUGUCACAUGACGGUGCAGAGCCGGUGCUGGCCUAUAACAGCUCUGAACUUUUUGAAGACUGCACGCUCCGCAACCUAACCCCGGGGACGACGUACACCAUCACACUGGCCGCCUGCACAGGAGGUGGGUGCACAUUAAGCCCUCCGAGUCAGGCUCAGACUGAGGAGAGCACCCCGGAGAAUGUUCCUGCUCCGCUGGUCACCCCUUUGUCCCCACAUGCACUCAACGUCAGCUGGACUGCUCCCGACACUCCCAAUGGCGUUAUAACCAGCUAUGGUCUGUGGCUGGAUGGAGUUCUCAUUUUAAACGCCAGCUCCUCCCAGAAGUUCUUCGUGGUGGAUGGACUCUCUCCGUGGAGCCGGCAUGUAUUCAGGCUGCAGGCCUGCACAGCACAGGGCUGUGGCAAGGCACCAAUGGUGGAGAGUCGUACUUUAGAGCUGGCCCCAGAGGGCCCCAUACUGCUGGAGAUGGCAAAUCAGAGCUCGAGAUCACUGCGAGCCCGCUGGAUGGCCCCUCCUCGAGCAAAUGGAAACCUCAGCUACACAGUGUACUACAAAAGCAAAGACGGCGAAGGCAUGUUGGAUGGAGGCACAGCGGCUGGGAUCUGGUCGUCUGUGAAUGACCUGCAGCCUUACACCAGUUACAGCUUCUGGAUCAGAGGGUGUAACACACAGGGUUGUGUCGACAGCCUGCCACACAACAUUACUACACCUCCAGCAGCCCCAGAUGGGUUGUCGCCUCCGACUCUGGCCCACGCAACUCAUGCCAGUCUGAACGUUUCCUGGUCUGCCCCUGCCAACGCCAACGCACCGGGCCCACUUUUCUACAGCCUGCAAAUGAGGACGUCCCCACAGAGGCCUGUCAUCAGGCUUGUGGAGAAUGCAACAGACGCCUUUUCUUAUUCUGUGGAUGGCUUGUCACCGUACACGCAGUACCUGUUCAGAGUGGUGGUUUCACAUCUGCACGGGCAGACAGCCAGCCCCUGGGCAAGCAUGCGCACUGCAGAACAUCGUCCAGGACUAAUAAAUGCCCCAACUGUAUCAGGGCUCCAUUCUCGAAGUCUAUCAAUUACCUGGGCUCCUCCUGCUCAACCAAACGGCAUUAUCACCCAUUACACCCUAUAUCUUCACCCCAGCUAUGGCAAUUCUUCAGAUUACGAAUCUGGCUCAGUCUCCAGUCCCAGUUUGUUCCUCAAACCUAGUUUAAGACCUAACCCAAGGCUUCGGUCCAGCACACCGGCCACAUAUCUCAAUACCAUCAGCCCAUCAUCCAAUCAGAGCACACCUCAAGGCCCAAAUCACUUUCUCACAUCUUCUAAAGAAAUUAACGGCUCUAAACAUUUCUCUACCUUGAGACCUGAAGAUCAGACCGAGGCCCCUGUUUUAGGGAGUGUAGGCCAAAAUCCCAACCCAGUUGUUUUCCUCUCCUCUGUCGUCAAUACAACCACGGCAACUCUCAGUCUCUCCCAAUCAAAUCCAGUGUCUAAAGUAAACCACUUUCAUCGUCAAGAUUUCACAAAGCGAGAACCUUUCAGUAGCCCUCCUUCCAGUGCAGCUUCAACAUCUUUGCCACUGUCAACCACUGUUUCGGGGAAUACGACGGACUACACAUUUCUCGACCUGCUUCCCUACCAGACCUACAGCGCUCAGGUGGAAGCAUGCACCAGGGUGGGAUGUUCAGUGUCCGAGCUGUCUCCCCAAUAUCGGACCCUGCCCGCUCCCCCUGAAGGGGUUCCUGCACCCCACCUUUACUCCGACACUCCCACCUCUGUUCUCAUUUCCUGGGGGACACCAGAGUGGAACAAUGGCCCUCUGGAACGCUGGCUGAUAGAGCGCAGAGUUGCGGGCACCAAGCAAGUCUCCACGGUGGGUCAACUCCUGCCAGAUCCACCUCCUCUUUCCUUCCUAGACUCAUCAUCAGCGCUCAGUCCAUGGACAAGCUACCAGUAUCGACUUGUCCUCCAUAACCAGGCUGGAAACACUACAGGUCCCUGGACCAACGUCACCACCAGACCAUCCCGACCAGCUGGUCUCAGUCCACCCAGGGUGAAAGUAUCAGGACCAGAGUCGAUUACAGUCACAUGGACACCUCCUCUCAUUCCCAACGGAGAAAUCCGCGGCUAUGAGAUCCGCCUCCCUGAGCCGCGCGUCUUCCAUGAAGCCGACAACGCAUCGGAGCUGAACGUCAGCGUCACUGACCUCGUCCCAAAUACAAACUACAGUGUAACUGUGCUGGCAUGCUCCAAUGGAGGAGGGCAUGUAGGCGGAUGCACAGAGAGUUUGCCAACACAAGCAACCACAUUACCCAAAAGCCCCGAAGGCCUUGCACCUUUAUCAGUGGUGUCAGUCAGUGAGUCUUUUCUUGCCAUUUCCUGGCAACCACCAGCCAGGCCCAACGGACCAAACCUCAGAUACAAGUUGCUCAGACGCAAAACUCACCAGCCCCUGGCCAUCGCCACGGCCCCCACAUUAACGGCCUCAUCCCCACCCCCCUCUGAAGAUCUCCAUCGCUGGCUUCAUGUUUACUCCGGCACCAAAUUGUUCUACCAAGAUAAAGGCCUAAGCAGGUUCACCCGUUACCAGUACCAGCUAGUGGUUGAUAAUGACGCAGGCUCGUCCUCGGGGGAGAUUGUGACUGCGAUGACCAUGGCCGGGGUUCCCCUCCAGCUUCCCUCUGUGUCCGCUCGCGCUAUUAAUCACACAGCUGUACAAGUCAACUGGACACAACCAUCUUUGCAAGAUCUGCAAGGCGAGGUGGAAUUUUUCUUUCUCACAGUUGAGCCUCCUCAGCCAAGCAUGAUUCAGACUUUGGGACCUGAGAUCGUAUCCACUGUGAUUGUCAACCUUUGGCCCAGUACCACAUAUCUGGUGUCGUUAUGGGUAUCUAACGGAGCUCAUAACACAACCAAGGCAGCCGUUAACGUUACCACAGCAGAUGGAGAGCCAGAGGGGAUGUCCGCCCCUGAAGUGGUUCCAGUCAACAGCAGCACGGCGCGGGUUCUCUGGUUCCCACCGCUCCGACCCAACGGAGCAGUGAUGAGAUACAGCGUCUACAUCAAUGACCACCUCCACGGUUCUGUGGACAACAGCUCAGGAUCGUAUCUGAUUGGAGACCUGCUGCCUUUUACUGUCUAUGACAUACAGGUGGAGGUGUGUACAGUGUAUGCAUGUGUCCGCAGCAAUGUUACCAAAACGACGACUGUGGAGAACCUGCCCACUGAUUUUGCCACACCUCAAACACAAGUGAUCAGUCCCAGGGUGGUUAGGUUAGAAUGGUCCCACCCAGGGAGACCCAGUGGGAUCAUGCUUGGCUAUGAGGUUUUAAGACGCACCCUCAGAUCGUGUGCCGCCGCACCGACAAGGGUCACAUCGUUCAGGUGCAUUUACCUGCAGUGUCCCGCAAGUCACAGUGUGUGCGGGUCAUCCUGCUUCCAUCCUGACACACAGAUUUGCUGCAGUGGACUGUCUCAUACGAAGAAAACACAUCACCACUGCUGCGAGGACAACUACCUGAGUUGGAACGAUACCUCCACCCCUGUCUGCUGCGAUGGCAAACUGCUCCCGGCUCUCUCGGGCCACCAGUGCUGUGGAGGAUAUUAUGUUCAUGUAAAACUUAAUGAAUACUGCUGUCCUGACCACUCGCAGGGCCGGGUCUCGGUGGGGCUGGGUGACAGCUGCUGUGGGGGGGUUCCUUACUCUGUGACAGGCGGCCAGCUCUGCUGUAGCGGGAGCCUCCACGACGGCUUCGGUGUAAAAUGCUGUGGAGGCCGGAUUGUAGACGAUUCAUUGGUGUGCUGUGGAGAUGCUGAAAGCGGAGAAGUGCACAACUAUACUCCGGGUUUCGUCUGCUGUGGUCAGGAGUACAUAAACUCCUCAACCACUCUUUGCUGCAUGGGGCAUGAAGAACAUCCAGUAAUGCACCCAGCGGGCAAUGCCACAGUCACUCUGCAGUGCUGUGGGUCAAAGGUCAUUCACCAAGAUGAGGAAUGCUGCUCUGGUAUUGGAUACGACCCCCAACGACAUGUGUGUGCGGACCGACCCACACCUGGUCUCCCGAUACAGGCCCAGUGUUUGCAGGGCAUCGUUUGCCCUGUGGUUGCUGCAUCUACAUCUUACUGUGGCUCCUGUAACCUUGACCCGUCUAUGUCUGCCUGUACUUGGGUCACGUCGGCAGUCACACAAACAGACAACAGAGACUUUGAAAAAGUGCUCAACACACACGCCCACUCAAAUACCACAAACACACCGUCCGGCGGAGAUCUGUGCCCAUCGCACGAGGAGGUAGUGUACAGCGGAGAUGCCAGCAGUUACACAUACACAGACCCUGGCUUGGAGCCCUUCACCACCUAUGAGUACAGGGUGACGGGCUGGAACAGCUUCGGCCGAGGCUCCAGCAACGUUACGGCGGUGACAACCAGCCAGGACAAACCGUGGGGAGUGGCACCGCCCCACUGGAGCCGCGUGGGCGAACGGGAUGACAUCAUCCAGCUGCAAUGGCAGGCUCCUGCCAGGCCCAACGGGGAGAUCAGCCACUAUGUCGUGCUUCGGGAUGGGCAUGAGCGUUACCGUGGUGAUGAAAAUAGCUUCACUGAUGUUGGUGGGAUCAGGCCUUUUCACGAGUACAGCUACCAGCUGAGAGUGUGUAACCGGGCCGGCUGUACAGACAGUACACAGGUGGUGGCGGUGACAGUGCAGGGAGUCCCAGAGGACGUGCAGCCUCCUGUGGUAACAGCUGUAAGCCCCUUCUCUCUCCACACGAGCUGGUCUGAACCCACUCAUCCCCACGGCAUCAUACAGCGAUACCUCCUCAACCAGACUGGGGUUGGAACCAUAUUUACCGUCACCGAUGGAGCCAGAAAUUACACUGUGACUGGUUUGCAGCCGUUCACUGAGUACACCUUUGUGCUGGUGGCCUGUACAGCUGUCGGAUGUGGAUCCAGUUUGCCAGUCACUGAAUACACUCUGCAGACCUCCCCCUCUGGUGUGUGGUCAAGGCCCGAACACCUGAUAAUAAACACAUCUGCAGUGGAGCUGUACUGGGAUCAGCCAUCGCAGCCUAAUGGACAAAUCACCCAGUACAGACUGAAGAGAGACGGUCACACUGUUUUUAGCGGAGACCACCGUGACCAGAAUUAUACCGACACUGGACUCCUGCCAAACCACAGGUAUUUGUAUGAGCUGGAGGCCAAUACAGAGGGUGGGACUGGUGUGAGUGACAAAUAUGUUGUACAAACACCAGCCUCGUGCCCCACUGGGAUCCCACCGCCCCACAGUGUGACAGUGUCUGGCCCCUACUCCAUCUCCCUCGCAUGGCACCCUCCUGAUCAAGUAAAUAGGAGCCAGCCUGUGAACUACAAUAUCCUGUUGAAUCCAGGCAGGAGCAAUGCUGUGAAGCACCGAGCUGGGUGGCAGCAGCACCUAACUGUGACAGGUCUAGAACCUUUCACCGCCUACUACAUCAGAGUUCAGGCCUGUCAGAAUGAGGGUUGUGGGGUAGGACAGGGGGUGCAGGUUCGGACGUUGGAGGCCGCUCCAGAAGGCCUUUUGACACCCAAAGUAAAAGCAGUUGGUCCCAGUGUCCUGGAAAUCCGCUGGUCUCCUCCCCAAAAACCAAAUGGAGUCAUCACCUCAUAUCAUGUAUACAGACGUCCUUUCGGAACAGAGGAGGAGCUGCUGGUUUUCAUCUGGUCCACUGGGCCUCUUGACUUUUAUGAUGCAAGUCCUUCUCUGCGGCCCUUCACCUACUUCCAGUACAGAGUCCGGGCCCACAACUCCAAAGGCUCCGUCCUGAGUCAGUGGGCUUUAGGGCAGACGUUAGAGGCACAGCCACAGGAUAUGGCCCCUCCCAUCGUUACACCCUCUGGUGCCUACUCGGCUCACUUGAAAUGGAGCGAACCUGGACUCCCCAAUGGUCUCAUUUCCCAUUAUAGACUCUUUUAUAAGAAGCACCAACAGGAUCCAACACUCAACUCAACCACUGUCACUGCUCUUACUGUGAAGGGUUCUGUCCGAGAGGCAUCAGUCUACGGGCUUGAACCCUACACCCAGUACAGUCUGUGGGUGGAAGCUGUUAACAGCGCAGGCAGCGUGUCCAGUCUGUGGGUGGAUGUUAGGACCCUGGAGGCCUCCCCGGCCGGCCUGGCUAACUUCACGGUGGAGCAGAGAGAGCAGGGCAGGGCAUUACUGCUGAGCUGGGAUCAGCCCCGUGCUCCACAUGGAGUCAUCAUGAUGUAUAACAUCUACAGUGAGGGAAACCUGGAGUUCAGUGGACUCUCGCGCAGCUUCCUGUUCCGCCGUUUAGAACCAUGGACCGUUUACUCCCUCGCUCUGGAGGUUUGCACCUCAGCAGGCUGCACACACACACCUCCUCAGUACAUCACCACGGCAGCAGCACCACCUGCUUCCCAGCUGCCUCCCAGGCCUGUCUUCAUUGGGGCAGACCAUGUGUCACUUACCUGGGGCCCUCCCUCCCAGCCCAACGGGCCAAUUGAAGAAUAUCACCUGUUUGGGAGAAAUCUGGAGGAGGAGGCGAGGGGAAGGAGUAACGAGGAGGACAUCAAACGAGGGAAAGUGCUCUUCAAAGAAACCUCCCCACAACAAGCCGAGCUCCUCUCCUACACAGUUACCGGUUUGCGUCCUUGGACGCAGUACGAGUUCAGUGUCUGUACUCACAACCCGGCUGGACACACCUGCAGUCCCUGGAUAACUCUGACAACAAAACAAGCGCCCCCUCGAGGCCUCGCCCCUCCAACACUGAGUCAUCUUCAAGGCCGGCCCAGCGAGGUCAAAGUUUCCUGGAGUGCUCCCCUCGAGCCUAAUGGGGUUCUUCAGUCCUACAGGAUUCAGAGAAACAAUGUCAGCUUCUCAUUCAGUUUUGACCCCACUGUGCUCAGCUACAUAGAUGAAGACCUCCUGCCAUUUUCAACAUACAGCUACUCAGUGAUAGCCUGUACGUCAGAGGGAUGCAUCGCCAGUCCUCACACUAACAUCACAACUCUUGAGGCUCCUCCUGCCUCAGUGGAGCCUCCCACAGUCACCUCUGUCACUUCUGACAGUAUUGAAAUUUCCUGGAGUAAACCAACAAUGGAGAACGGAGAAGUGACAGAGUAUGUGCUGAAAGUGAACAAUGAAGAGGCGUAUCGUGGGAGAGAUCUGCGUCAGGUGUUGUCAGAUCUGCAGCCACAUACGUCUUAUCAGCUGCUUCUGUUGGCUUGCACCAGCGGUGGGUGCACAGACAGCGUCCGUCGGUCCGUCGUAACUGAGGAGGCUCCUCCCACUGAGCUGCAAGCCCCGACUCUAAAGGUUACUGGCCCAGAGUCGGUUGAGGUUAGCUGGAGACCCCCGGAGCGCCCCAACGGCAUCAUCACUGGCUACGAGCUCCACAGAGAUGGUGAAAUUGUCUAUGUUGGCACAGACACUUAUUACCACGACUUUACGCUUCUACCAAGCAAGGAGUACAGCUACGUGGUCAGAGCCAACAACAGCAGAGGUGCAGUGAGCAGCACAGCAGCCUCAGCAAAAACUCACCCCUCGGCUCCCUCUGGGGUGGCUCUCCCCACGCUAACGCCUUUGGGACCAACCCAGGUGAGGGUUGAGUGGCCGACUCCUGCCCGUCCUAACGGGGACAUUGUGAGUUACACUGUGCAUCAGAGAGAUCCAGUCCAGCUCACCGUCAGCAGCACUGAGUUCACCCCAGAAGACGGCGCCUUCUCUGACAGAAGCACCACUCUGCACGGGCUGGCUCCUUACCACAGGUAUGAGAUGAGGUUGGAGGCUUGCACAGUGCUCGGGUGCUCGUCCAGCGACUGGUCGUCAGUCCUCACGCUGGAGGCUCCCCCCUCUGGUCAGACUGCGCCACUGCUCGACCUCCAACCUGACAGUCAUACCGGCCUACAGACCAGCUUUCUCCUCACCUGGUCGCCUCCAGCUCAGCCAAACGGCAGAAUCCUUCAUUAUGAGGUUCACCGGAGGCUGGAGCACAGCGCCGAGACCCACAGGAGUGAAGCAACAACUGUUGUCUACAAGAAUACCUCCACUUCAUGUCAAGACCACGGACUCCAGCCAUACACUGAUUAUCAGUACCAGGUGUGGGCGGUGAAUUCGGCCGGCCGUGCUGCCAGUCGGUGGGUCGGUGGGAAAACGGGCCCGGCGCCACCCGAGGGCGUCGGCCUGCCGCUUUUCUUGCACGUUUCUGCAACCUCAGCAGUCGUGAAAAUCCAUCCUCCUGCCCGACCGAAUGGGGUCGUCAGCCUUUACAGAAUCUUUUCACUGGACCACAACAACCAGACACUGCUCUCAGAGGGUACAUCCCAGAAACAGACUCUCCACGGUUUACAUCCUUACACCCAUUACUGGGUUGGAGUCGAGGCCUGCACCUGUUAUCAGUGCUGUAGCCAGGGCCCGCUGAGUGAGCUCCAUACUAUGGCAGCCCCCCCAGCCCGCCAGCCCCCUCCUCGUCCCGUCGCGCUGACCUCCCGCUCUGUCCAGCUGGAGUGGGACGAGCCUUUGGCACCGAACGGAGUGAUUGAGAGCUGUGAGCUACAUCUGAAGUCGUCCUGCCCGCAGCCUGCACAGCCUGUGGCUCUCCCAUGUGUUGAAGGAGCAGCGGAGAUCCGCUUCUUUGGCAAAAAGAGAAGCUUCAAUGUUACAGGUCUGCAGCCUUAUUCCACCUAUGAACUGAGAGUUGCCUGCUUCAAUAACAUGGGCAGCACUGCCUCCAACUGGACGACUGUCAGUACACUCAGCGAAGCCCCUCAGUACGUGUCGCCCUUCUCGGUGGACAGUAACCUGACCGUCAUCUGGCUGGACUGGACGGGGUCGUUUGCCCUCAAUGGGUACCUGAAGGAGUACAGUGUGACUGAGAACCAGCUGAGGGUCUACACUGGUUUCUACAGUUAUCUCCACAUCCCACGCACCUCACAGAAAACCCUGGCGUUUCAGGUGACCUGUACCACCGACAGUGGCAGUGCCAGCACCCCGACGCUCAGAUACAGCCCGGCCACAGGCCUCGAUCCUGUUGAACCUGAAGAGGGAAAACCAGGUGUGAGCAUGUCGGCCACCCCGGUUUACUCCGAGCUGUGGUUCAUCCUGCUGCUGGCCCUGCUGGGUCUGUUCCUGCUGGCGAUCCUGCUGGGAUUAGUGUUACAAAGAGCUUUGAGGAAGAAUCCUUCAGCCAGAGAGCGCCCUCCACUGGUCAUGCUUCAGAAGAGCAGAAAGGCCGGAGGAGAGACUUUUAUGAGGUCCUGUCCUGAGUUGUGCUCUAAACAUCUCUCUGGCUCUGUGCUCCUCCCUGACCGCCCUACAGGGCUGACGGACACCAAGAUCGUCAGCAGCAGCUCGAGGUUCAGUCCCAUCUCAGUCCUGAGGGUUCCCAGCGAGACAGAUCUGACUCAGGCCUACUCCCAGCAUGCUCUGCACCGCAGCGUCAGUCAGCUGAUUGACAGGAAGUCCUUGAUGUUGGAGGAAGGAAGCUGGGACAACCCUCUGGGACAUGACUCUGGACUGUACGUUGAAGAGGAGGAGUUUGUUGACGCCAUCAAGGCCUUGAGUUCUGGGAAGAAAGAACACACCAUGUUCACCGACACCCACCUCUGA